UCUUUAUUCCUUUUUCUUGUCUGAUUCAAACGCCAAACAAGAAAAACAAAACAUUAGUUUUGGAGUAACUAAAAAAAGCAGUUCAACCAAUCCCUUGUUCUUCAGAUUCUUACUCAGAAGGUUCUUGUCUGUUCAAGUUUCAGAUUUGACCAUCUGGGUCUCCAAUUUCACUGCUCCUCGAUCAUAAAUUAACAGUUGGAUUCAAAAGAGAUCUCUUUUUAGGAAACAUGAUGAGCAAAUGAAGGUUAGUUUGAUGAGAGAUGGGUUGUGUAUUGGGUCGACCCGGAUCGCCAGGAUCAGUAGUUAGCUCAAGGAUCGAGUCUAAUCGAAAGGAAGUAAACAAUGUCUCCGUGACUAAAACCGAAACCAUACAAACCACUAGUGUAGUUGUUGCUUCUGCUUCUACUAGUGAGGAGGUUAGGAAUGAUGAAGCUGUUGUGAAGAAUCACAAGGAAGAGAAUGGCACCAAAGAGAGGAAACCUAGAGGGGAAAGAAGAAGGUCUAGUAAGCCGGACCCGAGACGUAGCAACCCACCAAAGAACUUGCUCGGUGAGCAAGUUGCUGCCGGAUGGCCACCGUGGCUGUCUGAAGUAUGCGGUGAAGCUCUUAACGGAUGGCUUCCAAGAAAAGCUGAUUCCUUUGAGAAGAUUGAGAAGAUUGGAUCAGGAACGUAUAGUAAUGUGUACAAGGCGAGAGAUUCGUUAACAGGAAGCAUUGUGGCAUUAAAGAAAGUUCGGUGUGAAGUUUUGGAACGCGAGAGCUUGAGAUUCAUGGCAAGAGAGAUUCUGAUCUUGAGAAGAUUAGAUCAUCCCAAUGUCAUUAAACUAGAAGGUUUGGUUACUUCGAGGAUGUCGAAUAGUUUAUACUUGGUGUUCCGUUACAUGCAUCACGACCUAGCUGGUCUAGCUGCAAGCCCGGACAUAACAUUCACCGAGCAACAGGUUAAAUGCUACAUGAAGCAACUCCUCUCGGGGCUCGAACACUGCCACAACAGAGGAGUUCUCCACCGUGAUAUCAAAGGAUCAAACCUCCUUAUAGACGACGGAGGAGUUCUUAGGAUAGGCGACUUCGGUCUCGCAACAUUUUACGAUGCCACUAAAAGGCAAAGGAUGACAAACCGGGUUGUUACUUUAUGGUACAGAGCACCUGAGCUUCUUCACGGUGUUGAAGAGUAUAACGUAGGCAUUGAUCUGUGGAGUGCAGGCUGCAUUUUAGCCGAGUUGUUAUCAGGCAGACCGAUCAUGCCGGGUCGCAACGAGGUGGAGCAGUUGCAUAGGAUAUAUAAGCUGUGCGGAUCGCCUUCUGAAGAGUAUUGGAGGAAGAUUAGGCUUCCUUCUCAUCAGAGGCAUGCUCAUCACAAGCCUUUGCCUCAGUUUAAAAGAAAAGUAAGAGAGGUUUUUAAAGACUUCUCUCCUCAGGCGCUUUCUUUGCUCGAUACGCUUCUGGCUAUUGAUCCUUCUGAGCGGCAGACAGCUUCAGAUGCGUUGAUGAGUGAUUUUUUCAUGACAAAGCCAUUUCCAUGUGAACCUUCUGAUCUACCUAAGUACCCUCCAAGUAAAGAGAUUGAUGCCAGGAAACGAGAUGAAGAGUUUAGGAGACAAAGGGAAGCACGUAAGGUUCAAGGAGAGAGCAGAAGAAGAAUCAGACUACCUCGAGAACGAGCCCAACCAAGAGCAAUGGCUGCUCCUGAAGCCAAUGCUGAGAAUCAAUCCAACAUUGAUAGGAUGCGUAUGAUCACGCAUGCGAAUGCUAAGAGCAAGAGUGAGAAGUUUCCUCCACCACAUCAAGACGGGUCGCUUGGUUUUCAGGUGGGAUCUUCACGGAGACUGGAUCCAUCAGAGAUACCGUUUAGCUCAAACUCGCUCACUGCUUCUUACUCCAAAGAGCCGCUUCAGACAUGGUCAGGGCCUUUGGCUCCCAUUGGAGCGUCUGACUCAAGUUCACAGAGGAGAAAGGAUGUUAACAAGGAGAGAAGAAUGGCUGCUAAGCUUAAAGGGAAAAGAAUCGUUGUUUAAUGAUAUUAUUAUUCCAUUUUGAUAGAGAUACUUUGAGAAAAAUAGUGCUGUUUUUUUUUUGGUGGGUUAUAUGUUUCUUAUUUGUGAUAUUGUACAAGAGCAUUCAAAUGAGGCUACCUUACAUUAUAUGUAAAGUUUUUAGUUUUGCUGCC